UCUCUUCAAGGAUCUAUCUCCAGUCGAAGCCCAGGCCCUUUUGUGUUGACCCGCGGGUCAGCCUAGGUACAGGUAGCUAGACAUAGCACAAAGAAAUAAACGUCAUUCUUUCUGAUACUACUGACACUGUAGCUUUGGUUUUCAGCUUCUCCGACUUUGGGUCGGUUGUAAGACAUGGUCGCAACUUUGUCAUUCGUCUUUUGGAGGAGGUUCUGUUCAAUUUACUAGACCACAAACGAAGCUACCAAGCAACGUGAUGAUGGAGCAUCCUUCCGUUUCCUCCGCCUCGAAGAUCGAAGUCGUUGGUGGCCACGCAGCAGCCGGAACCGGGCCUGCAAUCUUGAAGGCACCACAACCCGGGCGGCUCUGGAAGCCCUACCAGGAGUUGACGGAAGAGCAGCGAGCGGAAGAUCCUACACAGAAAUCCAGGGGAGAUGUGGAACACGCCUUCUAUCAGGAGGUAUAUCACGCAGUCGAUCUACAUCCGACCGCAGACGUAAACGAAGUGAGCCCCCUGAGCCCUUUCCUGCCCAAGUUUUAUGGCUGUGUCUUCGACGAAAAGACCAGCUCCCGUUUCCUCGAUCUUGAGGAUGUCACGGCAAAUUUCGGAAAACCGUGUGUGUGCGACUUGAAGAUCGGAAGAAGAACCUACGACGAGACAGCGAGGUCGUAUCCCAGAGAAAAAAGCUGGCAGGGCAUAUUUGUAAUGCGAAAAUAAAUACACAGAAAAACAAAAACUUGCCAUGGGAGGGCCCAUAGCAUGCUGCUUCGGAUAUGCAAUACAGAUUUUUUUGCGUAUCUAUUUUUGCAUUACAAAUAUGACCUGCCAGCUUUUUACUGUGUGAUAAGUCGAAAAAAAUUCUCAGCCAAUCGACCGGGUACCGACUGCAAGAAAGAAUCGGAUUUCGCUGCUCGGGCAUGUCGACAUUUGUGUUGGAUGGCAUAGGAGGAGAAACUACGGGGGAAGCGAGGCGUAUCAUCCACGAUCACAAAUGGGGCAAAUCUCUAAACGAGACGCAAGUACUUGAAGGCCUACGCAUGUAUUUCGACGGCGGCGCGGCAUUCUUAGCAUCGUCAUCUUCACUUGGUUGCAGUAAAACAGAUGCGCGGCGGGGCCACAAAGAUCACAGCUGCGAGUCAUUGGUCAAGAAAGCGCUCGACCUACUGCAACAGCUUAAGGUCGUUUUGGAGACACGACCCAAAUACAGACUGUACGCGACCUCGGUGCUUUUCGCGUAUGAUGCCGAGGACCCAGUUGCAUCUCUUCGCAUGAACUUGAUCGAUUUUGCACAUGUUUUUCACAUUCAGAAAUACGACACAGGGACUGACUUUGAAAAGGAUUUCAAUUUCCUCUUCGGAUUGAAAUCCUUGAUGAUAUAUUUGAAACUCAUAAUGCAAAGAAAUAACGAAAAACGAUGAGAAUGAAACGAAAAUGACAAAAGAGAGACAAUGAACACGCAUGGAAUCCGAAUCGAAAAUCGACUUGUUUCAAUCACAAACCUACCCAGAAACCG